GAGAAGGGUCCCGAUUCGCGACAGUGUCGUAAACGAUUGCUGCUUUCCGGCAAAACGGAUGCCAGUUGCUCCAGUAGUGAACGUCCAUGCGUCUUCAGCAAUGUUUUAUCUGAUCGGUCUCGGGCUCGGGGAUGCUAAAGACAUCACGGUAAAGGGAUUGGAAGUAAUCAAGCAAUGCAGCCGCGUUUACCUGGAAGCCUACACGUCCAUACUGACUGUGGGGAAAGAUGCACUGGAGAAGUAUUAUGGACGAGAGCUGAUUUUGGCAGACAGAGACAUGGUGGAACAGGAGGCAGAUGAGAUCCUCAAGGGUGCUGAUGUCAGUGAUGUGGCCUUCUUGGUGGUGGGAGAUCCAUUUGGAGCCACAACUCACAGUGACCUGGUCCUGAGAGCAGUGAAUGCUGGGAUAAAGUACAGAGUCAUCCAUAAUGCCUCUAUCCUGAAUGCAGUGGGCUGCUGUGGGCUGCAGUUGUACAAUUUUGGUGAGACAGUGUCCAUCGUGUUCUGGACAGACAGCUGGAAACCUGAGAGCUUCUACGAUAAGAUCAAGAAGAACAGGGACAUGGGAAUGCACACGCUCUGCCUUCUGGAUAUCAAAGUGAAGGAGCAGUCCAUGGAGAACCUUAUGAGAGGGCGUAAGGUUUACGAGCCACCCAGGUUCAUGUCGGUGGCUCAGGCGGCCGAGCAGCUGCUGGAGGUCGUGCAGAACCGCCGAGAACGAGCAGAGGAACCAGCCAUCACCGAGAACACCGUGUGUGUGGGACUGGCACGGGUGGGAGCAGACGACCAGGCCGUUCGAGCCGGAUCUUUGCGCGAGAUGGCGGCGUGUGACUUGGGAGCACCGCUGCACUCUAUGAUCAUCACGGGCCGCCUGCACCCGCUCGAGGUGGACAUGCUAAAGCUCUUCAGCAGCCCAGAGGGUCUCAGUGGCCUGAAGAUGACCGACAGCUCUACCUAUGUCUCCUGAGGACUUCAACCCAGAACUUUAACUCUUCUGCUGUAUCAAUUCUGGAGUUUCAAGGAAACCACACAUUACGUCUUUGUUUUUACUUUGGUCGAGUACCUCAAAAAAAAAAAAAAGAUCUGCGCAAGUUGCCUAAUAAUAUAGUGUUGCUGAGUUCAGUUUUGCUGUGCCAUUGCCUGAAUUACAGAGAAGGAAAUGGCAACAAAAAGGCCACAGAGACAGAAAAAAAAUUCUGGGCCAAAUUAAUGCCUGUGAAAUGUUAAGGGAUUCGAUUGUGAUUCAAAUUAGUGCACAUGAACUUCAGGAUCGUCACGUGAACGUAAAACGUUUUAUUUUCCUACAGGGUUUUUCCUGCAGUCCCGAUUCAACACGCCUCGGCUCCGGGUUCUGGAUGUUGAAACAUUUCUCAAUCAAUGUACAAAACUGAUAAAACCAGUUUUCACAACA